UGAUUGAAUGGCAGUUGCAGGUUCAGGCAAUAAAUAUACUCCCAGCUAGUAUGGCAACUAAGCAAGGCAGUAAAUCACAGUGGGCUUAAGGGUUCAACUUGGCAACUAUAGUGGUGGCUUGUCUGUUGGUACUUAGAUAUGGCUUUUGGAAUUAAUUUGUGGAUCGUGUUGCUUUGCUCCAUAUUCUCAGAACAUUUAAGAUCUGAUUGUGCUCCACAUGAUGCCCAGAGAUUAAGAGGCUACAUGUAUUCUGGCUCUUCACAAGUGGAAGAUGAACAGAAACAACCAGCUGAUGGCUAUCCUCAGGAUCCAAUCAAACCAACUUUUAGUACUUCAGGAUCUGUCCAGAGUGACGCUACUCCCAGAGAGACUGGCCCCAACACCCAUAACCAGGAACUAUCCCGCAGAGGCUCUGCUUCAAGCGCUAUCCAGCCUGCCCCAAGAAUGUUAGGCCUCUCUGGCUCUAUAGCCAGUAGAAUCUCUGUCAGCCACAACAAGCGUCACACCCGUGCCAGUAUAACCUCAGGCCAAAGUGUCACCAGCCCUAGUGCAGUGAAGAUGGUUUCAAGUUGGGAAGCAAAAACCUUUCCAUUACAGCCUCGUUCAAGCAACUCUGGAUCUGUUCAGAAUUUCCUGGGAAGCCAUUUAUUCAAAGCAACCCCCCAGAAUUCUGUGGCACAAAGUGGAAUCUACCAGUCCGCAAGGGAAAUGGCUUCCACCCCUUACCUUCAAGCUCCCUCACGUGGUUCUUCAGGAACUUCAUUUAGAUCAGGUCCUCUGCAUUUUGGGUCUACUGAAGGUGGGAGUGCAACAAAUGCGUACAAGCCCAGCUUCUCUCAAUAUGUCAAGCCAUACCAGAGUAGAUAUGCCUCCGCCAGUAGUGGUUCAACUUCUAGACAAUAUUCCCAGAGUAUAGAUGGUGCCUCCAAAAGCAGCAUCCCUAUACUUAGCCUGGGGUCUAGCUCCAGUCUCUUUACCCAGAGUUCUACGCCUAGUAAAAACUCCUAUGGAACCUACAAGCCUGGCUCUACCCUUGGUGCAACAUCACGCCAGAGCAUGUUUACCUCUAACCAGGGUGGAAGUGCUUCAAUCUACAGCCAGAAUGUCCUUGCCGCCAACCAGAAGCCAGGCAGCACUACACCUGCCGACAGCAACCACAGGCAAGUCUCUGGUCAGGUGGGGGACUACCAGCCUAGUUAUGUUGUCAGUAGUGGGCCAAUCUCCAUCCUUUCCAGUUCUAACCAGGGUGGCAGUGCUUCAAUCUACAGCCAGAAUGUCCUUGCCGCCAACCAGAAGCCAAGCAGCACUACACCUGCAGACAGCAACCACAGGCAAGUCUCUGGUCAGGUGGGGGACUACCAGCCUAGUUAUGUUGCAAGUAGUGGGCCAAUCUCCAUCCUCUACAGUUCUGCCCAGGCUGGCAGUUCUUCAACCGAGAUCCAGAAACCAAGCACCUCUAAACCUGCCCCCAGGCAAAGCUAUCAGCGCAGCUAUACUCCCAAUGCUGUGAAGUCAAUCCCUAGCUAUGCCAGAGGACCUACCCAGAGCAGGACCAGCAGUACCACCACACCUCAAAGCGUUGUUUUGGUCUACAACAUCCCAGCACGCUACGGUGGCACUCAUAUCCGUCGGCUCAAAGACAGUAUUCAUAGUGGGCGUAGUGCCUCCACUAGCCACUCCAAAACCAGCUCAAGUGUUAACAAGCCACAGCAAAACCACACUCCACCUGCCAAACAGGAGGGUCCCAGCACGCCCUACGUCCAAGUCUCACACUCUACUAGAUGGGAGCCCAGAACAUGACUAAUUGAGAGCUGUAACCACCAGUUGAGGUGCUGAGACCAUGAAGUGAUGCCAGGUGCUGUACUUCAAUGGUUUUAAUAAAUAACGCUGAAUCUUA